CAUGUCUCUUCGCAGUUCAGAGCAAUCGAGGGUCUACAAGAAAUGUCAGAAGGCCUGCGUACGAUGUCGUUCCAUGAAGGUCAAGUGCUCCGGGACAAAUCCCUGUACGCGCUGUGCCCGGACCAAGAAACCUUGCCACUUUGCAGUGGAGGAGGCAAGGGUCUCGGUGCCAGAGAGCAACAAGAGGGGUAUUCAGGCUUUCAAUCACAUGUCGAGGCCAACCGUAGGUCGUCUCUUCCUUCCUGAACUCUUCGUAUUGACACUGUCGGCAGCCCCAUCGGAGCAUGAUUCCCAACCAGAAAGAGAUGGACUGCGGUCGACAUUUUCGAAAAAUCCUCUGGUAGAAUACUCAUUUGCGCAGUCCCCGGACGGAAGAUUCUGGUAUAUGGGCCCUACAUCUUCCUGGUCCUUCUGUCGCCGCGUGCUCUCCCUGCUAGGCAAGCAUGUCCCUGACGCCAACUGUCCCCCAGACCCAUGGAACGUCGACGCCUCAGCGUUUGCCCUGAAAUGGCGAUCUCUGCCCAUGGACGAGACACCGGAAGUAUGCCACCUACCCCCGAUCGACUACGGGCUGUAUCUCUUCCACACCGUCAAGUACUACCUGGGGACACUGUUCUACAUCAUCGACAGCCCUUCCUUCCUCCACCGCCUGCAUGACUUCUACACCGAUCCCGCCACGAAAGUUGUAUCAAUGCGUCUGUGGUACGCACAGUAUCUGCUGGUCCUGGCUUUCGGAAAAGCCUUCCUGGCACAGAAUCACCCGCCGAACGCGCCGCCGUCGGGGUAUCAGUACGCCGCGCGCGCGAUGUCCCUGAUGCCGGACUUGUCGGGGACGUAUCCCGACCCGCUGCAGUGCAUCCGCACCCUGACGCUCGCGGCGUUGUACUUCCAGUCGAUCGAUAUGCGCGUCGCCGCAUUUCAGCACAUCGGCUUCGCCCUCCGCUUCUGCAUCAUCGAAGGCAUCCACCGCCACGUGCCGGAGGAGCUGGACGGGGCGGAAUUCUCGCACCGCUGCCGGACCAUCUUCUGGAUCGUCUACAUGCUGGACCGGGAGUUCGCCGCCCUGAUCGGGGCGCCCAGCUCCAUCCGCGACGAGGACAUCACCGUGCGGCUGUACAGCGAUGGCUCGGUGGACGAGAAGACGAUCACCUUCCACGUGCGCCUCGCCAGACUCAAUGCGAGGAUUCUAACGACGGUCUACGGCGUGGGCCCCGACUCCACCGGCACCCUGAUCAAAGACACGCAGGCCAUCCUGCGGAACCUGGCCGAGCUUUCGCAGGAUCUCACCGGGUUCCUGAACGCCGAGUUCCCCGCGGCAUUGAGCCGGGCGUCGCGGACAGCGACGCGGUUGGUCCUGGGGUAUCACCAUAGCAUCGUCCUCACCACCCGACCCCUAGUCAUGUGCGCGCUGCACACGCACAUCGAGCGGGCCCCAUCCCGCGCCGCCAUCGGCCUCUCCGCCACCGUCUCCUCGCUGCUCCAGUGCUGCGUCGAGUCCGCGCUGACGGUCUUGCAGACUCUGCGCACGCUCGCAGACGAGGAUCUCAUCGAAUCCUUCCUCCCCUUCCAGAUCGAAGACGCCUUCGCCUCCGCCUUCAUCCUCUACGUCAUCCAGGCCAUCGCGCCGGUCCUGAUCCCCGCCGAAAGCCCUUGGGCCGAGCACAUCGACUGCGUGCUCGAGAAGAUCGUCGCCCGGGGGAACCUGGCGGCGCCGAUGCGGCGCGCGGAGCUGGAGAAUCUGCGCGUGAUGAUGGGGCCGAUCACGCCUUUUGCUGGUGGUGGUGGGGUUGGUGAUUUGCCUGGGGAGAUGGAGCGGCAGGGGGGACAGGAGGUUCAUGAACCUGGCGUUGCGGAGGCGGGAGGAGGAGGUGGUGGUGGUGAGUUGGACGUGCACGACCCAACCACAGACUGGGAAUGGGAGUACCUGGCGAUCCACUCGACGAUCGGGCUGGGGAUGGAACCCCGGGAACUGAUGGAUUUGGCGGAUCGGUUGGAGGGGGAGAUUGCGGGCGGUGGUUAGGGUUAUGCUACUGAGUCCUUUUUUCGU